CAUCUACUUCAUCUACUUCUCCUCGCUCUCUCCCGUUAAUAUCUAUUUUCUCUCUCUCUCUCUCUCAGGCCAAGAUACUCUCUCUCUCUGUGUCACGUUCCUCAUCAAAUCCAGAAACUUUCGUUCUUGAGGCGAUUGAAGGUUCUUACCACUGUUCCUCUUCCGCCAGAACCAUCGGUAUGGAAGAAGGGUAUUCAUUUUGUUACUAGAAGCUUUGAUUGAGAUCAGUCCCAAUCUCACAAACGAUUUGAAUGAGUAAUUGAGUUGUUUCCAGGGUAAACGGUGAUCGAUGGAUUAUGACUCAGGUCGUGGUUAUGAUGAUGACUCUCACCAUCGUCACCUACAACAAGAACAGUUACCAUCGUCGGAUUAUGUAGUGGAGACUGUUGAUGAUGACAGGAAGAACGGUGGUUCAGCAGCUGUAGAUACUGGUGGGUUGCAGAUGAAGAAAUCCAUUGACCAUCACCAUUCUUCUCCGUCCAUGUGUUCUCCUGGGAAACUAUUUGUAGAUGGAGUUUCUUGGGAAACAACUGAAGAAAAUUUUGCAAAGUACUUUGAGAAGUUUGGAGAAGUCGUAGACUCUGUAAUCAUGAGAGAUAGAAUGACUGGAAAGCCAAGAAGGUUUGGGUUUGUGACUUAUGCUGAUUCAGCUGUUGCUGAGAAAGUUUUGGAGGAAGAACAUGUAAUAGAUGACCGCAAGGUUGACCUGAAACGGACAGUUCCUAGAGGAGACAGGGACACUAACAUCAUGGUAAUGCUUCUGUGCGAAAUCCUUGGAAGGAACAAUGACCUUGAUACCAAGAAGCUUGAAUCCUUGCGUUCGAAUCGAGAAAUGAUCUCUGAUAUCUGUUGGUUCAUGAGAGACAGGAUUUGCACACAUAUGAAUAAACAAACUAUACAUAUACACAUGAUGAGACCACUUUUAAAUGAUAAUAAAUAAUAUAGAUGUUUGUAAGAA